AUGAGCAAGGUCAUGGAUGUUUUCAUUAAGGCUGCCGAAUACAUGGAAAUUCCAGUUCGUCGGACUGAUGAAGAACCUCUGCAGAAACUCUUUGUGUUAGUGAGGAGCGAGUUGAAUCUAGACCUUAAGAACAUUCGGCAAGAACAAGCCAAGUUUUGGAAGCAGCAUCCUGCCUUAGUAAAGACAGAAUUGUUGGUUCAAGCCCAAUUGACCCGUGAGUCAGCUGCUCUAUCUCCAUCUUUGCAGCGUGAUUAUAGAUGUGUUCUUGAACUUGCGCCUCGCCUUCUUGAAGAACUAAUGAAGAUGGCAGUUCUACCACGCAACCCACAGGGACAUGGAUGGCUGAGACCUGCAAUUGGGGUCAUUGAGCUUUCUCAAAGUUUUAUUCAGGCAGUUCCACUGAGUGCAAGAAAAGCAACAGGAGGAUCCAGCGAAGGAUUUGCUCCUUUCCUGCAGCUCCCACAUUUCAGUGAUGCUGUUGUCAAAAAGAUUGCAAGAAAGAAAGUGCGCACGUUUCAAGAGCUUCGAGACAUGACACCAGAAGAGCGUACUGAACUGCUGACCCAAGUUGCUGGGUUCUCUGCUGCUGAAUCCCAAGAUGUGGAGAUGGUUCUCGAAAUGAUGCCUUCCAUAACAGUUGAUAUCUCAUGCGAGACAGAAGGUGAAGAGGGAAUACAAGAGGGUGACAUUGUCACCAUGCAUGCUUGGGUCACUCUCAAGCGCGGGAAUGGCUUGGUUGGUGCCCUUCCACAUGCUCCAUAUUUCCCCUUCCACAAGGAAGAGAAUUUCUGGUUGCUGCUUGCAGACUCUGUCUCAAAUGAGGUGUGGAUGUCCCAAAAGAUUAACUUCAUGGAUGAAGCUACGGCUAUAACUGCUGCAUCGAAAACAAUUCAAGAGUCAAAGGAGGGGUCAGGUGCUACAUUGAAGGAGAUAAACGUAGCCGUUAAAGAAGCAAUUGAAAAAGUGAAGAACGGUUCAAGACUGGUAAUGUGCAAGUUCCAGGCCCCUGCUGAGGGAAACUACAACCUGACUUCUUACUGUUUGUGCGACUCUUGGAUUGGUUGUGACAAGAAAACUAGCUUGAAGUUGAAAGUCCUGAAACGAAGCAGAUCAGGGACAAGGGGUGGUGCCAUCCUAGACGAGGGACCGGCCGUGGAGGACAGAAUUGAGGAAGAGGAGGAAGAUGAAGAAGGAUAUGAGGAUUAUGAUAGUGAAUAUAGUGAAGAUGAUGAGGAUGCGAGAGACACGGAAAGUAAAGGGGCUGUGGCCAAUGGCACCACCCAUGUUAGGGGCAGUGGUUCAAGCUCUGACGGUUCGGGCGUUGAGGAAGAUUAAAAGGUUCCUUUUGUUUUCUUAUUUUUCCUUUUACAUUUUCAUUUUUAUUUUUAAGGAAAGAGAGGGAAGGAUUGGAAUGAGUUUUGGUUCAUUUGUCUUGUAUUAACCUUUUCGAUAUCACCUGGAAACCUUACCAAACAUAUGAAACAACAUAUAGUUACUCAAAGCUGUUACUGUACUCUCAUCUCACAUGACUAGUGUGUACGGGCAGAUGAAAUGAAUAGGGUAUGCAUGGGUUUCCCAAAGGUGUUGAUGUACAAUUGCGUCCG